AUUUAAGUGUGUAAUAAUGUUAGCAAGAGGUCAAGGAACAAAAAAAGUUAUUGAUUUUUUAAAAUCUAUUAGAAAAUACAAUAUUACUACUUUGCCUAUUCAAAGAAAAGGUAAAUUUCUUUACCCAAUUAUAUUCACUACAAGUGUUGGAGUAGUAUCAUUUGUUGGAUGUGCAAUCCUUCAGUAUGAAAGAUCUCGAUAUCAACUUCUAGAAAAAUCUAAGUUAACUGACAAAUUUUCCAGAGGUCAUGGAAACAACAAAGCAUUAAUUUUCCGUAAUAAGCUUAAUGAAUGGUGGAAUAGAUUAUCUUACGGACAAAAAGUUACUGUAUGUAUAAUUUCACUAAAUACUUGUGUAUUUUUAUGUUGGAAAAUUACCCCAGCACACAGAUUUAUGAAGAACUGGUUUCUUUGUUCACCCACUAACAAAAGAUGUUCACCAUUGUUGUUAUCAGUGUUCAGUCAUUCUGAAGCAUGGCAUUUCUUUACUAAUAUGUUUGUCUUGUGGAGUUUUUCACCACUCAUACAAUCAGUUCUUGGCACAGAGCAAUUUUUGGCAUUUUAUUUAACAGGAGGAACAUUUGCUUCUUUAAUUAGUCAUUUUUUGAAAGUAUCACGUGGAAUAAGUGUUCCAUCUUUAGGUGCAUCAGGAGCUUUGCUUGCAGUUUUAGCUUUGUGUUGCAUUGAAAAACCAGAAUCUCGUCUCUCAAUUGUAUUUUUACCUUUUUUUACUUUCUCUGCAGGAACUGCACUGUAUGGUAUUAUUGCAUUAGACCUAACUGGUUUAGUUUUAGGAUGGAAAGUUUUUGAUCAUGCUGCUCAUCUUGGAGGAACUUUAUUUGGUGCAUGGUAUAUUUUAAAUGGUCAUAAGUGGACCUGGGAUAAACGUGAAUUAGUGCAACAAUGGUGGCAUAAAGAACGUAAACGGUUUAUUAAUUGAAAUGAAUAUUUUGUUUAGUAAAAAUAGGUACUGUAAUUAGCUUAUGUAUUUAUAAUUUGUGUUGCUUAUUGGAUGGAUGA